GCCCCCCAGAGCGCCGGAAGUGGAGUGUGGAGUCGGGCUGCGUGCUGACCGGGUCUGCGGCUGCGAACCACACCGGUCGGGGGACGCUUCCCGGCAGCGCGGGCGGCCCCGGUCCCCUCGGGCUCCGCGGUCCGGAGGGCACCAUGGACGACAAGGAGCUAAUUGAAUAUUUUAAGUCCCAGAUGAAGGAAGAUCCUGACAUGGCCUCAGCAGUAGCCGCCAUCCGGACUUUGCUGGAAUUCUUGAAGAGAGAUAAAGGGGAGACCAUCCAGGGCCUGAGAGCAAACCUCACCAGUGCCAUAGAAACCCUGUGUGGCGUGGACUCCUCUGUGGCGGUGUCCUCGGGCGGGGAGCUCUUCCUACGCUUUAUUAGCCUCACCUCCUUGGAAUACUCGGAUUACUCUAAAUGUAAAAAGAUCAUGAUUGAGCGGGGAGAACUUUUUCUCAGGAGAAUAUCCCUAUCGAGAAAUAAAAUUGCAGAUCUGUGCCAUACUUUCAUCAAAGAUGGGGCGCGAAUAUUAACUCACGCCUACUCCAGAGUGGUCCUGAGAGUUUUGGAGGCAGCAGUGGCGGCUAAGAAGCGUUUCAAGGUGUACAUUACAGAGUCACAGCCUGAUUUAUCAGGUAAGAAAAUGGCCAAAGCUCUCUGCCACCUCAACGUCCCUGUCACUGUGGUCCUAGAUGCUGCUGUUGGCUACAUCAUGGAGAAAGUGGAUCUUGUCAUAGUUGGCGCUGAAGGGGUUGUUGAAAACGGGGGCAUCAUUAACAAGAUUGGAACCAACCAGAUGGCCGUGUGCGCCAAAGCACAGAACAAGCCUUUUUAUGUGGUUGCAGAGAGUUUCAAGUUUGUACGGCUCUUCCCACUAAACCAGCAAGAUGUCCCAGAUAAGUUUAAGUAUAAGGCAGAUACCCUGAAGUCUGUGCAGACCGAACAGGACCUCAAAGAGGAGCACCCGUGGGUGGACUACACGUCUCCUUCCUUGAUAACACUGCUCUUUACGGACCUGGGGGUGUUGACACCCUCAGCAGUCAGCGACGAGCUCAUCAAGUUGUAUCUGUAACCGCUGGACCCUUCCCUGCUGGCGCAGCUGAGGCACUUGGGGCGGGUGAAGACUUACAGACUAAAGACCUAAAACUUCAAGAAUUGUUUAUUCAUUUCAGCCCCAUCUAAAAUGUGUUCAUAGUUCCCGUAGAACCCAACCUGAAUUGCGCUCGUGGUUUCCAGGCACUUUCCAGAAACACAAAUUAGAUUACUGGCUACUUAUCCAGUGAAAGACCUGCCCAAGCCCACCUCCCUUCUUCCCUGCACUCCAGACUGAUUUGCUACAAGCAUCAAAGAGAUGCAGGCCUUCCUGUGCAGCCAGGCGCCCCUUCAGGAACUAACAGCUGCCCAGGACACACAUUACGUACGGCGCCUCGUGAGAAAGGCUAGAAACCAUGUUCAGUUCUCAUCAGGCUUCCAGCGGUGAACACGAGCCAGGGACUGCCAUCCCCUCAUCGGUCUGGGGGCAGACAGAAUGGAAACCAGCAAGAGAACCCGAGGAAGGCAGAAACGGCAUUUAGCAGGAGCAUCCUAUAUGGCUCAUCACAUAUGAAGACCUUCCAGAACGUUUAUAAGCUGAAAUUCUGCAUCUGUGAAAGAUGUGAAUCUCCUUGAGAUGUUGUUUGUGCCUGAACAGCUUUUUAAAAUUGUACUUGGGGACAAAUCGAGCAUCUUUUCAAAUAAAUUCUAUGAAGGGUUUUGA